UGAACCCACUAAAGACCAGCUAGAUGACCUCCACCUGAUUCAACGGUCAUCAGGAUCCCACAAUCCGACAUCGGUGGUUUUGCGCAUUUAGUAUCUCAUCAACAAAGUGAAAUUACCGAUAAGAGCAAAUAAUAAUGAUCAAGGCGUUGAUAAUGAGUAAUGAGCAGCUUGGAUUAUCGGCUACACAUCGACUGAUAAACCAACAGUGCGCAUCUAAGAUCCGGAUUAGUUUCACGGUUUUAUGUGCUAAUGUUUUACGUUUUAGUGACUAGUGAUGAAGUAACUGGUGCCAAUACAAUAGCCAUAAGCUGAUAUUGACCCACAGUUAUGUCGGAUCCAAAUCCUGACCCCAAAAGUGCAUGCUUGGACCAACCGAUUGGCAAAGUUAGCAAUGGGGCAAAGCCAGUUGCUUGGGAAGAGAGAGAUUCUGAAGCUCCAAAAAGUGAAGAACCACACGAGAACAGUUCUUCAAACGAGCCAAAUAAUCAGCCGCUCCGAACCCAGUCCGACGACUCCUCUCAGAACCACCUAUCGAAAAGCGAGGAGUUUUUAGGGCAAAUUCCCUCAAACUUGAAGAGGAACUCGAGUGACUCCAGACUCAGCGAACAAGAGCUCAGAAAUGGCCAGUGGCGUUACAGUGACUUGCUGAAACACGACUCUGAAACAGCAAAGGAAAAACCAAUGGCGGACAGUAACCGAGAGGAAGACGCAAAAGACGCACAUGUUGAGGACAGCAAGUUAGUGCAAAGCGAGAGUGAAAAUGCCGAGAAAGAAACGGAAACCCGACUUUCCGAAAGCAGCGACUCCGAGCUGGAGGAAGUGGAGCUGAGGAAGCCGAAGGCGCUGAGUUUAAGGCGGGUGAUUAGUAGAAGCGUGCGAGGCUCCAUCAGAUUGGUAAAAGGCAUGAGGCCCAAGAGCGAGGGUGAAGCCGCAAAUAAAGAAAAAAGUGCUUCGAAUGAAAAGUGCAAGUUUAUGAAGCAGGUUGUGACCGCAGUACAGGAAAGCACUCAACCACCGACGACGCUAUUUUUGUAAGUAUUUCUUUUUUUAGUUAAAUUGAAAAUUCGCCUUCACAGAUUGGGUCACCUAAUUUACCAACGUUCUCUUUCGCUCCUGCAAAAUACUGGGACAUUGUCACGCAGUGGCACUCCGGCUCCGGAUUUUGUCCUGCGUGCUCGCGUUGCAGCAGAAAACAUACGGCAGGAUAGUCGAUAUCCAGUUUUUCCGUCGCGAUCUUCCACCGUAAAUUUGCACACACGAAAAGUGCCAGGCAAGUGAGACGGUUAAUCGAAAAAAGAGGCUUCAAUUUUGGUUUUUACAUUCCGGUCAAAGAAUCUGCGGUGGACAAACGCAGGUAAGUGACCCAGUCCUGCGGCGUUGUUCAAUUGACUGGCUAAUUUUGCAACAGCCGCAGGCCAAAGGCUUGAGUUGCUGUUUUUCUGGCAAAGAAUCAGCUGUGCAUGUGGGUUAUUGAUGCUUUAUAUAAAAAGUUCGUAUUUUAAUGCUCUAUCCGGCGAUUACGACCGGUUCUGGACAUUUAAGCCAAAAUCUAAAGCCGAUUUUCAAAAUUCGCGUUAAUUUUUCAUUUCCGCAUUUUACGGGAAAACCAAAAACAUUUCUAAAUUGAUGUUUCAUAUAGAAAAGUGCUUGUAUUUACGGUCUAUCCGGCAAUGGCAACUGGAGCUUUAGAGCUCAAUCGGUUCUACAUCUAUACCGCAACCAGGAACGAAGCUGCAUGUGGCCAUCUGGAAAGAAAGAACAGAACGCUUUAGUAUAACUUAUAAUCAUAGAACUUCAGUAUAUUUUAUAUUAAAAAGUGCGUAUUUUAAUGAUCUAUCUGGCAAUGCCAACGGGAGCUUGACAGCUCAACCGGUUCUCUAAAUAUGAGCCAAAG